UGAGUUGCUGCUUUUCCAGUUUCCCGUUCCUCGCUUCCGUAAUCCCUUCCCUACACGUCGCCGCCGCUCUGAUGCUCAAGCCGCGCCGUCCCGCUCCGUCGCUUCUCGCACUACGCUGCAAGAUCCUUCGGCUGUAGUCCUCCUCCGCCUUUCCCUCUCCCGUCACGUCGGGAAUUGGGCGGGAAAGCCCGGCCUUCUGAGUAUCGGAGUCCUUCACCAGGUAGAGGAGCUAGGGUUUGAUUUUGCGACUCUGGUCGUCGUUCUCCUCGUUGGUUGUGUUCAGGAAGACGGAGGCGGGUUAGGGUUUGAGCGGUAGCCUCCAUGGCUCCCGGGCGUAGGAAAGAUUCGAAUCGGGUUACGGCGGUGGGGCAGCUCAACCUGGGGGAUCUCGUUCUUGCUAAGGUGAAAGGAUACCCUGCUUGGCCUGCGAAGAUAAGCAGGCCAGAAGAUUUUGACCAAUCUCCAGAUCCCAGGAAAUACUUUGUUCAAUUUUUUGGGACCACCGAAGUUGCUUUUGUCGUACCAGCUGACAUUCAGGUUUUUACUGAUGAGUCAAAGAGUAAGUUGGUAGCUCGUUGCCAGGGUAAAACAGUAAAAUACUUUGCUAGUGCUGUUGAGCAGAUUUGUGAGGCUUUUGAAAAGCUGAACAAGAAGCAAUCAGCAGAAUCUGUGCUGGAAGUUGACAUCUCCAGUGCUAGUACUGCAGCCGCUGCUGCAUCUUUCUUAAUUACUGAUUUUGCAGAUGACAAGCCUCCAGUUGAACAUAAUGGGACAUACGCAAUCCUUGAGAUGCAAUGCACAAAUGCUAAUUUGAAGAUCCAAGAUGUAAAUGUGUCUUCAGAUCAAUCUUCGAGUGAUUUAGAUGGUGCUGAGUAUAACUUGAAAAACAAAAAGAGUUCAAAUAAUGACCACCAGAGUUCCCCCAGAAGGAAAGUUGUAGUUUCCAAGCCAAUUUUUUACCAUUCUUCAGGCAAGGAGAAAUUAAUGACCACUUGUCCUGAUGAUGGUAAUAAAGAGAUGAUAUCCAAAUUGGAAAUUAAAGCGCCACUUCAAGAAGCCUCAGUUGCUAGUGGACUUAAUGAUUGCAGUGAUUUCAGAACUGAAAGCACAUACCAAGAGAAAGAUACAAGUAAUGCUUUCAAUGUGCAAGAAAAUGCUAGUAGGGUUGCAAUGAAAAAGAAAGUUUUAGUUUCUAAAUCGUCUUUCUAUGCCUCUUCUUGCAAGAAGAAGAAAUCUGUGAGUACUAAUUCUGAUGAUAGCAAGAACUCUGAAGUGGCUACAUUACCUAAACUGGAAGUUGAAAAGCUGCUAUCAGAAGGCUCAGUUGCUAACAGACAUGAUAAUUGUGGCGAUUCCAUAGCUAAAAAGGAACAUCUGGAGAAAGAUGCAAGUAAUACUUUGAAGGAAAUAACAAGUACUAAUCUUGAUGAUAGUAAGAACACUGACAUAGCUACAUUGCCUAAACUGGAAGUUGAAACGCUACUAUUAGAAGUCUCAGCUGCUGGAGGACUUGAUAAUUGUGGCGAGUUGAUAGGUGAUAAGGAUCAUCAGGAGAAAGUUGUGAGUCAUGCUUUGAAUGCUGAAGAAGUCUGUGCUCAGGAUGCAAUGAAGAAGAAAGUUGUUUCUAGAUCAUCCUUCUCUGUUUCUCCUGACAAGGAGAAAUUGGUGACUAUUAAUCCUGAUGAUAUUAUGAAUGAUGAUAUGAUUAUGUCACCUAAACUGCAAAUUGAAGAGGUGGUUCCACAAGGCUUAGCUGCUGGUGGACUUCAGAUUUGCAGUGAUCUUAAAGGUGAAAGUGAUCAUGAGGAGGAAGAUGCAAAUAAUGCUCUGAAAGUUGAAGAAAUUGGUCAACAAACAACAAAGUGGGAUACUGAGCCAGAGCAAAAUAAGGACAAUGUUUCCAGGAUAGACACAGGUGCAGCUUUAGCAAAAAAGUUGAAGGGUUUUAAUGGCAAGGUAAAUAAGCUUCCCGGAGGAAGAAACAGAAAGGUUGCUUCUUGUGAUUCUAAUAGAGAACCAUCUGGAAAUAUUACAAAAUGUAGUGACUCCAAAAUUGGAAAGAUGUUAAAGAAUUCCAAGGAACAUUUUCUUGAAAAAGGAAAAAUGCAUAAUGUUUCAUGCAAAGAAACAAUUGACACUUCCCAUGAAUAUGCCAAUGAGGGCUCAAUGUCUUCUGUUAAAGUAAAGAAGAAUUUGAAGGACAGAAAUAAAAGGCAUAAAUUGGAGGCAAGCAAGGAUGCACGCCCAGCUAAAAUAGCAAAAACGGUACAAGAGGAUUGUCAGAUUGAUGUUAAAGAUAAAUAUGGUAAAAUUGAAAACUCAAAGAAAUCAGGAAUCCCCUUAAGAAGUGAAAAUCAGUUAACAUCAGCAACAAGUAAUGGGUCUCUCCUUCCAACGGUUAAACACACUGAGGACACUGGUGAAGUGGCAGAUUCUGCUACUAAAACUACUGCAACUAAAGUUAAAACAGAAUCUUGCUUUACGAAGGACUGUGAUAGACAAUUUGGUACAUAUAUUCAAUACAAACGAAGAUCACGUAGAUUGGUUGAUGCUGAGGAAUUGGAAGUGAUUAGGACACCAAUUCUUAAUGUAUCUUCUGGCAAUCUGGUUUUAGCAGAUUCAGGCAUCUCAGAAGAGAAACCUCACUUAGUGAUAGGAACUAACAAAGAUUCUCCAUCCAAUAACUGUAUGACUGAGAAGACUGGUUCAACCAGGGAUGAGAAGUCUCCAGAUGGCAUGACCUUACCAUUUGGGACAACGGGCACAAGUGAGAAGAAAGCAGAAAUAUCUGAAAGUCCUCAGAUUUCUCAAAGUCCAAUGAAGCAAGAAUACAAGAGAUCUACUUUUGGCAAUUCUAGGCCACUCAUUCUUUCACCUGAUGCAACUACCAAUCUUGAUUAUGAAUCAAAAUCAACAAAACAAACAUCUGCUAAGCCACAUGUAAGACCUUUGAGUUCUUCAAGGAAAAAACUCCCCGUAACACCAUCUAAACUCUCAAAUUGCCGAUCUCAUAGCUUGAACUUAUCUCAUAGUCAUUCAGUGCCAGAAAAAAAUACAGCAUCGAAUAAGUCUGUCAGAGUUAAGACACUGUCCAAAUCUAAUAUCCACAAUACUGUACUUACUGAUAGCAUGCAUGACAACAGAUAUAUCUCUCAUAAGAACCCUGAAAAGGUUGAUUUAGGAGAGAACAGGUCAGGAAAGAAUAAGACUGAGAAAGUGUCAACCCUAAAUGAGACUCUUUUUUCUGACCCCAGUAAAUCAAUGAGACACCUUAUUGCAGUUGCCCAAGCUAAAAGGAAGGAAGCACAAUUACAGUGCCAACACUCAGAAAAUUCUAUUCCUACUAUAUUAUCAACUCCAAACUUGAUCCAUGGAAAAAGUCCAAGUCCUGCUGAAAUGAUUCCCUAUACAUCAAUAAAUUUGUCUCACCAGGAUAUGAAAGGAGAUUACACUUCUAUUCUUGAUUCUCCAUCUGUCCAUGGAAAUACGCCUCAUGAACCUUCUCAGACAAACAAAAUUGAUCAUGAAGAAUAUGAACACAGGAUUAGUCCUGAAUACAGACCAGAGGGUUCACUAAGUUGUGGCAUUGAAGCUGCUGUCGCUCGUGAUGCUUUUGAGGGUAUGAUAGAGACUCUUUCACGUACAAAGGAUAGUAUUGGACGUGCAACUCGACUUGCAAUUGAUUGUGCCAAAUUUGGCAUUGCUAGUGAGAUUGUGGAAUUACUUAUCCAAAAGUUGGAGAAUGAACCUAAUUUUCACCGUAGAGUGGAUCUUCUCUUCCUAGUCGACUCUAUCACUCAGUGUUCACACACACAGAAAGGGAUUGCUGGGUCAUCAUAUAUUCCCAGUGUACAGGCAUCAUUACCACGUCUCUUGACUGCUGCUGCUCCAUCAGGUGCUAGUGCUUGUGAGAACCGUCGCCAGUGUGUUAAGGUACUGAGGCUAUGGAUUCAGAGGAAAAUUAUGCCAGAUUCUUUUCUUAGGCGAUAUAUUGAUGAGAUUGAUGUUCCCAGUGAUGACAUAAGUUCUGGUGUUUUUCUGAGGCAUCGAUCUCAAGCUGAUAGGUCUGUGGAUGAUCCAAUAAGAGAAAUGGAAGGCAUGCAGGUUGAUGAAUAUGGAAGCAAUGCUACAUUUCAGUUGACUGGACUAUUUUCAUGUCAUAUUUUUCAAGAUGAGGAAGAUUCUCCUAUCAACCUGUUUAGAAAUUCUGCAGUUAAAAUGUCAGUGGAAGCUACUAGUAGUUUAAAAGAGCUGGAUACUUGUGCAGUCAUGCCUAAGCUCCAUCCGAUAGAAAAGGCUGUGAAUGGUGAACUUGAAAUGAAAGAUGCUAUUUUGCCCAAGGAAGAUAAGGGCAUAACUAGAAACAAUUCUGAUUUUAGCGGAUCAUUGGAACCGAAAUUGACCAACCCAAGUGAGCUUCCACCUCUACCUCCUGUUCCUCCACCUCCAGUGGAUCCUCCACCACCUCCAGCGGAUCCUCCUCCACCUUUGCCACCUUCGCCCCCACCACUGCCUCCACCUCUACCAUCAUCACCCUCAACCCCACCACCUCCUCCUCCACCGCCUCUGCAUCCACCUGGACAUACAUUUAUGCCUUCUAUUCCAGUUCCACCUUUAUCAUCAUCUUACUCAUUUUCCAUGCUUAAUUCACAGAUGCAGGAAAAAUUCAGAGUAUCAAAUGCCAAUGAGAUGGCCCAUGUGCAUGGUAAUAUGACAUUAAGAGGGCAGGAUGCUCCUUUAAGCAUUGAAGUGGUAUCACAGCAGCAACCUAACUUUAUGACAAAUGGAAUGAGAAGCACACAAUUUAUAAAUACCUUCACUUCCUCUAGACCUUUUGAGUAUGGACAAAAUGAAUUGUAUGUAGCUCCUCAGAAUUCCUAUCCCAUUCAACAUUUUCAACAAAGCAAUGCACCUUUCCACCAGGGACCUUACCAUCCACUUCCUCCACGGGCACCCUCAAAUUUUCCUCUUGUAACAGCACAAAUGCAUUCUGACCAUUUUUCACAUGCUAUUCGCAUGAAUCAACCAGUGCAGCAGCUACACAAUCCUUACCCAAUGUCAUCUGUUCCUAGUAGUCAGAGACCAUAUUUGGCUGAUGAACCUAGGAGAGUGCAUACUGGUGGUUUUAGUCCAGAUAAUCAGCAUUCUGCAAUGGUAUCUACUCCAAGGCCCUCAUGUUCAGGGGCUCCUAUUUUGCAGGAUGGAUUUCCUAGGUCUGAUGCAGAAUGGCCAUCUUCUAAUUCUAUGGGGUUUCGGUUCCCACUACAAAAUUCUAUUCAAUCGGCAGUUGCAGUUCAAGGCCAAGAUUUUCACCAUGAUCUCUCAGGCAGGCAAAAUAUUUCUGGGCUUGAUUGUUGGAGAUCAAGUUAAUGUCAGUUCUGUCCAGAUGGUUGGAUAUGAUUUAUCCUAUGAUGUAUGGGAGUUGCAGUUGAUCUUAGAAACAAGAUACCAUCAGAGAAUUGGAGCUGGUGAUAUUCCGGUUUAUUCUUUUGGCCAAAAUAUGUACAUUCUAAUUUUCUUAGCAAUUGAAACAAUUAUACCAACUCCUAAAUGGAAGCUCACUUUGUGUAGGCAAUGAAAAUAUGUUUUUUUUUAGUUUUCGUACUCUUAAGCUGACAUUGGUGUUUCAGAUGCAUUUGUAUGCACGAUUGUGAUAGCUCCACUUAUGUAAAUUCAUUAUCCUUAAUGUAUUAUUGCCUGCUGAAA